AUGCGCCGCAUUGUUGGUGGCGGUGCCGUGUACUUGAGACGCGGCGAAGCAUUGACGGCAACGUUGUGUUUUUGCCGCGGCUACCACAUGCCGGGGUGGAAGACAAAAGUAAGCACGAGGGAUGCGCGGACGCGGGAGCAGCGGGAGGCAGACCGAAAGGCACGGCAGAUUGAAAAACUCCCGCGGCCGCAGGCGUUGCAUGACUUUCAGUACCCCUACGAGAAGACGGUUCUCAGUGACACCAUGUUUCAAUACCCCGUGUACGAGAACGAGCUUGACACCCCGCACCUCUUCAACAUUGUACCCCCACCCGACUUCUUUAUUUACUGGAAUGCAUCCGAUUUUGAGCGGACGUCAUACCCGCCGCUUCCGGAUGAGGACCACCGGCUGCUUGUGCCACGCGCGGAUCUGUUGGCGUGGAAAAAUCACCGUCAACGCUCUCUGAAGUACCUUCGCAAACACGAGGUCCUGCCGCGCUAUCUACCGCAUGUGCACCAGGACGUGAACCUCUCUGUUGUUUUUCCAGGGACGUACGCCACACGGGCCCGCAAAUGCGAAGAAACAGGGGAGUCGCUGCCACCGCCACCGCCCGUUAGUGAAUUGACGCCUCGCAACUUCUGGAUGACCGCCCACUGUGGAAAUUACAUUGAGCUGACAGAAUUACAACAUCCGCCAUCUAUUUUUUUCUUUGAGGAAGAGGAAGGUGAGAGAAAGGAGUCAGCCAGUGGGGCUGAAUUUUACAUGCUUAUUAUAGCCUCUCCUGAUUUCCCUUAUCGCGUUCCCCCUGAAUCCGAUGGACGGAAGGAAAAAGGUUUCUUCCUUAAUUACAUGGUUGCCAACCUUCCAGGAGGUGGCAAUGGCCCACAUGCACCCGUAGCAAAGGGUGUCGUAGUGGAUACACGGGGUGCCGACAAAAAAGGCGAUGUUGUGAUGCCGUAUGUUCCUCCAUUGCCAACGGAAGACGCGGGGACAACUCGUCACUUGUGUAUGCUUUUUAAGCAGUCUGAUUACGCGAGUAGUUUGACCACCGUCAUGGACGAAACGGAGGAAAGUUUCAUUGCCCGUAGUGAUUUCCGCAUCCAUGCACCUCACCGUGAAGGGUUUUCAGUGACGGCUAACACAACGCUUCGUGAGGUCGAUGCGGUGCUUCCACCUGACCCAUGUGCUGUCACAUUUUUUCAAACGAAGUGGGACAUUCAGGUGCAGGAGUUUUACGAGUCUCGUGGACUUCCAGAGCCGGCUGCUCCACCGGAUGAGGAAAUCGAGGCAAUUCUUGCGUUUCAUGCAAAGAAGCCAUCGGAAUUGCGGGUUCGUGCUCGCCACCGCCCUGAUGGGUCUACAAAUAUUGGGGAUGAUCCCAAUUUCUGGGGCCAGUCAGAGCCAACCAUGAUGGCAAACGGUUCUAUGCAAUCCCUUUGGUCUCGGCGAACUGCACUGGGUAGAAACGGUGUGCCCGUAACGUACCGGCGAUGA